AUGCGACGUGACUAUUCAAUAACACCUUCGAUGAUCGGAGCACAAGCAGGACUCAUUUGGGUCUACAAUGAACCAUCAGUAGUAACUACAUUCGAUGAAGCGCAUCCUCUAGCUAUAUCAGGAAAGAAAUGCAAUGAUUCUUCGUUCUGUCUCUGGUAUUUGUCUCCUGUGUGGACCUUUGCUGAUCCAAACAAUACACAGUAUGCUCUUCUGGGUGAAUUUAAUAAAUGGACAGCUGUCAGUCGACAACGGUUUACAUCGUUGACAACAAAUCCGGAAAGAACAACAACAAUAGUCGGUCUAGUCGGUGGAACAAUUGAAAUUGUCGAAUUUCUUGUGUAUCAUUCGAAAUUGGUCAUCGUACGUUUGAAUUGCUCUCUCUCGUGUGCUGAAGGAAUAUUACAAAUUACUCUAUCAACUGUCACGUGUUUUUCAUGA